CAGCACAUCUCAUCCCCUUAACUAGCCCUCUGGUUAAUGUGAAAUUACUGGGUGUACAUUGCGAAAAAUAUGUAUGGAUAACGACAAUGUGACCUAUAUGAUGACAGUCCAGAUUGACAGGCGCAAAGCGAAAGCGAGCGCGAAUGUUGUCAAGUGACGCGCGAGGGAAUUAAAAGAGGUGGAAAGUCUGUGAAUGCGCGCGCUGCAGCAGCGAAGGAGACGCGCACGGACAGUCACACUUCACUCUGCAACUGGAGGAGAAAACACCAGCUAAGGAUGCGGUCGAAAGCACAUACUGGUGAAUAUCACCCGAAACUUACUUUCUGCAAACUAUUUAGUUCAUUUAAAAGGUACUUUCUCUGAAAAAAGCAUAGAUUGGUGCCUUGCAAAUCUGACUAACUCUUUGAUUGAGACGAAUGUCACCUUGCGAACAGGUGUUUGUUAGAUGGGGAACUACCGUUUUCUUUCAUCACAUCUCUGUGCAUUCGAACUUGAAGAUCGGGUUUUAGAAGCACAUGAAGGAUGAAUGAAUUAAUCAAGUUUUUUUAUGCAUUGAGAUGUUCAAACAACUAAUUUCAAGGUCAUUGGAUUUCUUCUAACGGAUCAUCCCAUUGCAUCAGCGCUGUAAUAUAAAGGAGCCUUUCCAUUUACUGGAAAUCAUGAAUCGUCUGUGAUCCUCACUGUACAGCAGGGUGUCGAGCAAAUGCAGCAAACACACGCUUUCGCUCUUCAGUGAUGAAUGACAGCUCUCCAACAUCUGAGAACAUCAUGUUUCACCAGCUGACUGCAGAUACUCUGAAUGGCAGUUGUGAUUUGCCCACGUGUAACAAUAACACAGGUGAAGCGGCAUUGCAGCUGCCCACAUUUUCCAUGGCAGCAAAAGUGAGGGUGAUAAUUACCUUCACUCUUUGCGCAGUGUCAGCUGUGUGCAACCUCGGCGUGUUGUGGGCUGCCAGCACCAACAACAAGCGCAAGUCCCAUGUACGAAUUUUAAUCAUGAACCUCACCGUUGCCGACCUGCUGGUGACUUUCAUCGUGAUGCCAGUGGAUGCAGCUUGGAACAUCACAGUUCAGUGGCUGGCGGGAGAUCUGGCUUGCAGAUUGUUAAUGUUUCUGAAGCUCGUGGCUAUGUACUCCUGUGCAUUUGUGACCGUGGUCAUAAGCCUAGACAGACAGUCGGCCAUUCUCAACCCUCUGGCCAUUAAUAAGGCUAAGAAGAAGAACAAAAUAAUGCUGAGCGUGGCCUGGGCGAUGAGUGUUGUUCUCUCCGUCCCUCAGAUGUUCCUGUUUCACAAUGUGACCAUCACGGUGCCAGCCAAUUUCACUCAGUGUACCACUCGAGGAAGCUUCGUCAAACACUGGCAGGAAACCAUCUACAAUAUGUUCACAUUCAUAUGCCUCUUUCUGAUUCCUCUGGCCAUCAUGAUCUGCUGCUACACAAGGAUUCUAGUGGAAAUCUCUCGAAGGAUGACCAAAGGAAACAUCUCUUCAAAGGAAGUCCACUUACGCCGUUCGCACAGCAACAUCCCCAAGGCCCGUAUGAGGACUUUAAAAAUGAGCAUAGUUAUCGUGACCUCCUUUAUAGUUUGCUGGACUCCGUACUACCUGCUGGGUCUCUGGUACUGGUUCCUUCCAGAGGAUUUAGAAGAGACCGUUUCUCACUCUCUGACUCACAUGCUGUUUAUUUUUGGACUGUUUAAUGCAAUCCUGGAUCCCAUCACUUACGGCCUCUUCACCAUCCACUUUCGCAAAGGACUGAAGCGCUACUGUCGCAGCGCGGUCGUGCUCACCGAGUCAGAGAAUAACUCCAUCAUCACGGGCUCAUUGAAAUGCUCACCAUCCCCAUUUCGCAUGAAAAGAGUGACCCAGUCGGGCACAGGAACUGACCCAAAGCAGAACACAAGCACGGUGGGUGAGGAAGAUAAGAAGGCAGCUGACGGUAAAACUAAAGAAUAGUGGGGAAAGAAAGCAUUCCAACAUAGACAGCAUCAGUUGAUUAGAGAUACGGAUGUGACAUGGCAGGUCUUGCACCAGCUGUCUAGAUGCUUACAAGUACAAUGAGACAAGAACACAAACCUGCCUGUUUGUCUGAACAUCGUGAGAAAGAUUGAGCCAGAGUGAGUCGAUGUGUUGAUUCGUUCACUAAUGAGCUGCCUAAAUUACUGAGUUAUAUUAAACACCCAUCUAUUUUCCU